AUGGGAGCAUCUCUGCCCCCGCUGAUGGGGAAGUACAAAGGAAAGUGGUUGAUGGAACAGGGGAAUGGUUUGGUUUCCUCUCCCAGGUCUGUCAGGAAGAUGAACCUGGCCUUCACUCUGCUGGUUGCAUGGGCCUUGUCCACAGUCCAUGGGAGCCUCUGGGAUCUGCACAAGAUGAUCACAAAGGCGACGGGGAAAAACGCUUUGCUGCAUUACUCCUUCUAUGGCUGCUACUGCGGCUUUGGGGGCAAGGGGCAGCCCAAGGAUGCCACAGACAGGUGCUGCCAGCUGCAUGAUAUCUGCUACGACAGCCUCCUGAGCCACCACUGCAAUGCCAAAGCUCAGAGCUACCUCUACGACUGGGCCAGCAGCAGCCCCUCCUGCAGAAAGGGCUCGUGGUGCUCCCAGCUCUCCUGUGAGUGCGACCGCAGCCUGGCCCUUUGCCUGAAGAGAAGCAUCGGGAGCUACAGGAGGAGCCACCGAUUCUACCCCAGGCACCGGUGCUAA